AUGUCCGUAAUCAUAUCAGCACUACAUGACUGGCACCCUGGAGAGCGAGCAAUCCAGCGCAAGCUUGGAUAUGCUGAUGCCAUCAGGGACCACUGGUCAAUUAUCGGAAGUUACAUGGCUGAACAACACCGGAUAUUCCACACAUCGAACCUUCCCUUUGUUCCUCUUACGACCAUCGAUGAGGCUGGCCGUCCUUGGGCAUCCGUAGUCUCGGGAUCGAACGGGGCAAUAGGCUUCAUCAAAAGUCCAGAUGCGCAAACACUCUCAGUCCUCGCUCGACUUUGGGACGGCGAUCCCCUCCUUGAUACUAUCCGCACUUGGAUGAAUCUAAAAGAGCGAGAGGAUGCCACCUCUGAGAGGUUUCUCACUGCCGGCUUGGGUAUCGAGUUUUCAACGCGACGACGCAACAAGUUCGCUGGGCGCAUACAUGAUGUGCAACAAGUGACAGAAUCGGAUUAUCAGAUUGACUUGGCUAUCACAGAGGCCCUUGGGAACUGCCCCAAGUACAUCAAUAUCCGGAAAUUUGUCCCCAAUCCACAGACGCAACCUACUGUUGCGUUUCAAAACCGAGAUCUUGCACCUGAAGAAAGACUUCCAGAUGAGGUGCUUGACUUCAUUCUACAGGCGGACACGGCCUUCAUAGCAUCUAUAUACCGAUCUGAAAAGGAAACGGCCAAUGAGUAUCCCUCCCAUGCGGGUAUGAAUGCCCGGAGCGGUUUGCCGGGCUUCAUUCGCGUUCGCCCAUCUGAUGGCCGCACUGUGGUUAUUCCAGACUAUUCAGGAAAUCGCUUCGUGUCAAGUCUGGGGAAUAUUGAAUCCAGUGGACUAGCAGGACUGGCAAUUGUUUCCUUCACAACUGGAGACGUCCUCUAUCUAACAGGGAUUGCUAAGAAUCAUGUUGGCCCAGCUGCACUCCGACUUAUGGCCAGACAUGCGAGUCUUACGACUAUCCAAGUGACAGGCUAUACUUUGGUUCGUGAUGCACUUCCCGUGCGGCAGCAACAGGGGACAUCUGUUGAACGCAGCCCAUACAGCCCUAAAAUCAAAUACUUGGUGGAAGAAACGGAAUCAGAAAUAAUUGGCAGCGAAGGGCGCAUGGCGUACCUUGAGGAGGGUGUACAAUUGUCUCUUAAUCUGGCCAUGUUCAAGUUCAAAGUCACUACUCAGCCUGGAGAACGUGGGAUCAAUAUACGCCCCGGGCAGGCCAUUGUGCUUGAUUUCAUGGACUGGUUAGGACCCCCUUCGUACCGGCACAUGGCAGACUCGUCCCCAGAAUCAAUCAAUGAUGAUCGGGUUCGUACAUGGACGGUAUCGAGUGCGCAUGAAGGACAGAAUGUGACAUGGUUUGAACUGACGAUGCGCAAAAUGCCCGGUGGUGCAGUAACAGGCCCUUUGUUUGACAUGCUGAGAAGACAAUCGUCGGGUCAACUCGGGAAGCCCGUCAAAUUCAACAGUCGGGUGUGGGCAGGCGUCGUGGGCGUCACAGGCGACUUUUCCUUAAGCCCUGACAAACCCAAUGUCAUAUGGGCGGCUGGUGGAAUCGGAAUAACGCCGUUCCUAGCCAUGCUCCGUGCGCUACAGGAGCGUGGUUCAGCAGCCGAAGGCAAUAUAUUGCUUGUUCUGGCAACGAGGGAGCCGGAGGUCAUGCUUCGAAUGAUCAAGCCGGCACUUGAGAAGAUGUCCUUGGCGAUCAAAGUGAAGCUCGAGAUAUUUACAAAUGACUGCAAGUUCGACGUGGAGACUAUUGGCAGCUCCAGCACAGUAGUCACUGUUCAUCAAGAGCGUGUGGGGCCCACAUACUGGGCAACUGUUUCCAAGGACAAGGACGUUUUCAUCUGUGGACCUAAUGGGUUUGGAGACUCGGUGGUAAAUGCUUUACAGGUGGCUGGCGUACAGCCGAGUCAAAUUCACCGAGAGGGUUUCUACUGA